AUGUUCCGGAAGCUGGUGACUUUGGUCAGCCUGGCGGCGGUGCAUGGCGAGCCUUCCGAGGCUGAGCUGAUGCAGGAGUUGACCAUGCUGCAGCAGGCCGUCGCGGAGCAGCAGCGCACCAUCCUGGAUCAAAAAGCGGAGUUGGAAGAGUACAUGGACCACUCCCGACGCCUGCAAGUCUCUGUGAACGAGACCUACUACAGCAACACGAUUGCAAGCCUGCAGGCCACAGACUACGGCUUCACCGGCGCCAUUGACUCGGCAUGGCUUUGUCUUUGCGGAGCCCUGGUCAUGUUUAUGCACGCCGGCUUUGCGAUGCUGGAGACCGGCAGUUGCCGUGCCAAAAAUGCAUCCAACGUCCUCAUGAAGAAUCUGGUGAACGUUUGCGUUGGCACCCUGGGCUGGUGGAGCCUCGGUUGGGCCUUCGCCUACGGGGCAGAGGCUAAGACAAACGGCUUCAUUGGCGCCAGCGGCUUCUUCGGCCUGGACUUCUACACGCAGGAUGCUACCACAGGAGUUAUCACCCCGGUGACCUGCAACUCCGACGGCUGCCAGAGCACCAUGCUGAGCUGGUUCUUCCAGUGGGCCUUUUGCACGGCAGGGGCGACCAUCGUGAGCGGAGGGGUGGCAGAGCGUGUGAAGAGCCCCACCUAUGCCGCCUACGCCUUCUGCAUGACCACCUUCAUCUACCCCGUGAUUGUGGCCUGGUCCUGGGGGGGCGGCUGGCUGAAUAGUAUCUUCGAUGUGGGCUACAUGGACUUUGCAGGCAGCGGCAUUGUACACCUCACUGGGGGUGUCAGUGCGCUGGCGGGCACGGUGGUUCUGGGCCCGCGUAAGGGACGCUUCGUGAACCCUGAGGAGUUCGAGGCCCACAACCUGCCCCUGGUCGUCUUGGGCACCUUUGCUCUGUGGUUCGGCUGGUAUGGAUUCAACCCGGGCUCCACGCUGAGCAUGAGCAGCGGCAACAUGGGUGCCCUGGCGGCGCAAGUGGCGAUGAACACCACCCUCUCCGCUGCCACGGGGGGGAUCAUGGUCUUCCUCGCCAGGUACGCCAUCUUCGGCAAGUACGAUGUUGGAGGUCUUUGCAACGGCAUUUUGGCCGGGCUGGUCUCAAUCACCGCCGGCUGCGGCAACAUGGAGUCGGGCUGCGCGGUUGCCACGGGCUUCGUUGGUGCGCUCGUCUACCAAGGCUCUUCCAUGCUCCUUCAGAAGCUGAAGAUUGACGAUCCCGUGGAUGCAGUCCCAGUGCACGGCUUCUGCGGCAUUUGGGGCGUGCUGGCGGCAAGCCUGUUCGACUGGGGCUCGGGCAUCAACUACUACCAUGGCUGGAGCGGAUGGGGCUGCAUGGAGAACCCUGACGGCACCUGCCGACCCAACAUCGGCGGCAGCGCCGUGGGGGCGAACAUCAUCCUGGUGCUCAUGGUUAUCGUGUGGGCUGGCUCGCUGUCUGGCAUCGCCUUCUUCCUCUUGAAGCUGACCGGCAUGUUGCGCAUUGACGAGGACACUGAGGCAAUGGGCAUCGACAUGAAGUCCCACUCUCCGCCAAAGGCCUACGCCAUGUCAACUCCUGCCGCCACUGGUGUGAGCGCGUCGGAGCAUUCUCCAACGAAGGCCUACGCGGCCCCUGAGACCACAGUGUGA